UACACUUGUAUAUACUACCGAAGAAUCCCACAAAAUCAUAUUUCUUUUAAAUUCCUUUCUACCAAACACUUGCAGAUCCUAUAUCCUCAACACCAAUCAUCAUCAUAUCGAAUAUAUAUCCUAUUUCACUCACCCGACCAAACGAUUCAUUAUUACAAUCCUACGAGACAUACACCAUGAAUUACUCACUCUCCUCCCACACCGCCACACUCAGGCCCACGACAUCAUCACUCGUGGGUUCUUUGAUUUCCCUUCCUGCAGCAACAGCAAUAGUAACAGCAACAGCAACAGCAACAACCACAGCCACAGCCACAGCCGAAAUACUCCUACCCAUAGACACAAACACAACUUCCGACCACAGCCACAGAGACAUAACCAACUACUUCAUCACAAAGAUGUCAACUUGGCUUGGAUUAGCCUUCACACUCAUAUACAUUGCGAUCCUUAUAAUCAGAGUUUACAAAGAGAUCAAGUGCUGUUUAGAGAUCUCUAUUCCUAAAUAUAGAAAUAAAAACCCAAGAGAGAAUUCAGAAGAAGGAGGAGUAAAGGACCACAAAUCCACAGUCGGAUCACAAAUUUGCGAGGAAAAGUAUCAAAAUGAUGCAUCUGGCAUGACUGGAAUUCGAACUCCAAAGCAGGAUUCUGUUAAUGCUAUUGAUUCCCGGAAUAUGGUUCAAUCUUCAGAAGAAUAUUAUGACACUAAGAAGAAUGAAUAUCUUGCUUAUUUGCAAGGGACUUUGAAAACUCCCUGGCUUUUGCCUUCUAAUAAUACGGUGGAAAGUAUGAUGGAGGAGGGAAGGUGCAAGUCGGCUCCGAGAUCUUGACCUGUGGGGUAGAAUACUUUGGUUUGAGGGAUGUUUGAGGAGGGAAUAGAAUGUAGGGGAGAGAUGGAUAGCUGUAUGUAUAUGAGGAAUGGGAUGGAUCUUCAAUAUCUGCCAGAUUUAUCGGUAUAUUAGAUUUGGAUUUUCCAGAGUAUUAGAAUACAGACGAGCCU